AUGCAGUUGUCGCAUAUUGGCCUGCUGCUCGCGUCUUGGGCCACUUCGGUCCUGGCUAUAUCGUCCUUUGAGCCUGCUCGUCCGCCAUCGUUGCCUCUGGCGGUUCGAUCUCCGUACCUGAGCACUUGGCUCAAUGCUGGCAGUGAUGGUGGUAAUGGUGGGUACUUGGCUGGUGAAUGGCCUACCUUCUGGCAGAACCAAGUCACUGGGUGGUGUGGAUUGGUUCGUGUUGACGGUGUGACCUACACUUGGAUGGGCUUGCCUGGCUCGACUACCGUUAACCAGACUAAUUUCGAGUAUACCUCGACUAAGAGCAUUUUUACCAUGAACGUGGAGGACAAGUUGGUCCUGAACAUUACUUUCUUGUCCCCCAUUACGCCAGAUGAUUUCAAGCGCCAAUCUCUUGUUUUUUCAUAUCUGGACAUUGAGGUUGCUUCUCUGGACGGUGCUGAGCACGAUGUCCAAGUUUAUGCGGAUAUCUCUGCAGAAUGGGUCACGGGAGACCGAAGUGCAAUUGCGCAAUGGGAUUAUGGUACGAACGAUGGGGUUGCAUACCACAGGGUGUAUCGUCAAACCCAGCUGGCCUUCUCAGAAAUUAAUCAACAGGCUGAGUGGGGCUACUGGUACUGGACCACUGACGCUUCUACUUCAACGACCUACCAAUCCGGCAGAGAUACGGUGGUUCGUGGCCAGUUCUCGUCUAACGGCACUCUUCCCAACUCCGCUGACACUAACUACCGCGCCGUCUCGAAUGAGUGGCCCGUCUUUGGGUUUUCAAAGAACCUGGGAAAAGUGACCAGCUCCCCAGUUAACACGUUGUUUUCACUUGGCCUGACUCAGGAUGAGGCGAUUCAGUUCGAGGGCAAAGAGGCUUAUGCCCCUGUGCAAUCUCUGUGGAAGGCAUACUUUGAUACCGAUGUGGCUGCAGCUACCUUCUUCCACAAGGACUAUAGCACUGCCAGCGAUUUAUCAACUACAUUUGAUAACAAAGUGGCCGCAGACUCUAUCACCUCCGGCGGUGAAGAUUAUUUGGUGCUUACCUCCCUGUCAGCCCGACAAGCAUUCGGUGCCACCCAGCUGUGUGGAACUGAGGACGAGAAGUACCUGUUCCUGAAAGAAAUCUCAUCCGAUGGCAACUUGAACACUGUCGACGUUAUCUUUCCGGCCUAUCCAGUUUUCUUGUACGCCAACCCAGAGUUGUUGAAGCUGGUGUUGGACCCGCUCUUCGAGAACCAGGAGGCUGGCCGUUACCCCAACACUUACUCUAUGCACGAUAUGGGCUCAAGCUACCCCAACGCAACUGGCCACAAGGAUGGAUCUGACGAAGCGAUGCCCUUAGAGGAGUGUGGAAACAUGCUCAUCAUGACUUUGGCAUAUGCCCAGAAGGCUGAUAAUUGGGAUUACGUGUCUGACCACUACAAAUUACUCAACCAGUGGACCGGUUACCUUGUGAAUGAGGCCCUGUACCCAGCGAGCCAGAUCUCUACAGAUGACUUUGCAGGAUCUCUAGCCAAUCAAACCAACCUCGCCCUCAAGGGUAUGAUUGGAAUCCAGGCGAUGGCCGUCAUUGCCAAUGAGACUGGUCACUACGCCGACGCCGCCAACUACUCUCAGAUUGCCACGCAGUACAUUGCUGAGUGGCAGGAUCUCGCAAUCAACAAGGCUGCCAGCCCACCGCACACAACUCUCAGCUAUGGCAACGCCAGCAGCCACGGUCUUCUGUACAACCUGUACUGUGAUAAACAGUUAGGGCUGAACCUCGUUCCAGAAUCAGUCUACACCAUGCAGAGCACGUUCUACCCGACAAUUGCGAACAAGUAUGGUGUACCUCUCGACACACGUCACACUCUCACCAAGGCUGAUUGGCAGCUAUUUGCUGCAGCCAUCGCGUCAGCCGAUACCAGGAAUGAGAUUAUCGCGGACCUUGCAGUUUGGGUCAAUGAGACACCUACCAACCGUCCCUUGACAGAUUUAUACGAUACUAUCACUGGAGACUACCCCUCUUCCGGACCCACUUUUGUCGCCCGACCUGUUAUUGGCGGCUCUUUUGCUCCCCUCUUGGUUUCUUCAUAA